ACGGCGGGGAGCUCUUCAGCCGAAUUCAAGACAGGGGAGACCAGGCCUUCACAGAACGGGAGGCUUCAGAGAUAAUGAAGAGCAUUGGGGAAGCCAUCCAGUACCUACACUCGAUCAACAUCGCGCACCGGGACGUGAAGCCGGAAAACCUCUUGUACACCUCCAAAAGGCCCAAUGCUGUGCUAAAACUCACAGACUUUGGCUUUGCUAAAGAAACCACCACGCACAACUCCUUGGCCACUCCGUGCUACACACCGUACUACGUGGCCCCGGAGGUGCUGGGCCCCGAGAAGUACGACAAGUCCUGCGACAUGUGGUCCCUCGGCGUCAUCAUGUACAUUCUGCUGUGCGGGUACCCCCCUUUCUACUCCAACCACGGCCUGGCCAUCUCGCCCGGCAUGAAGAAGCGAAUCCGAAUGGGCCAGUACGAGUUUCCCAACCCCGAAUGGUCCGAAGUGUCAGAGGAAGUUAAGCAGCUGAUCCGCAACCUGCUGAAGACGGAUCCAACCCAGCGCAUGACAAUAACGGAGUUCAUGAACCACCCCUGGAUCAUGCAAUCCAUGCAGGUGCCCCAGACCCCGCUGCACACCAGCCGCGUGCUGAAAGAGGAGAAGGAUCUGUGGGAGGACGUGAAG